AUGGGGACAAGCACACCUUGUGCUGAUUGCAGCGGGCAUUUGGCAGACAGCCAUCGCAAGCACGACCUGGUUUGGCCCGACUUCCUUGCGAAAUGGGGUAGCCAGCGCUGCCAUUCCCAGGAAUGGCCACGGAUGCAAGGACGACUCCCGUAUCAGAUGGAUAGGGAUGGCCGGAUGCUUGAGAAUGUUCGUGGUUUGCCGAGAGAGAUAGGUGCAUUGCUCCUGGACAGCCUGACAAGGAACUGGCCACUUGAAAAGUGUCUGCAGUUUGGAAACGAGCAUGAAAAAGCUGUUAACAACACAAUAUUGGAUUGCAAUGGGAAAUGA